AGCUCUUCCAGAUGUCUCCGGCAUGUCAAUAUGUCGUUGGAUUUGUCGUCAAAUCCUCAGAAACACUCAACAGACGACCUAACCAUCAGCACGGAUCAACGUCAAAUCAAUGUGCGCUUGCCAAGAAUUAGGCGUCGAUACUAAGGAAAAGAACUUUGCACUCGUCCGAAACGAGAGUUCCAUUGAUUACUAACGAGCACUUGCAUGCCGAUUACAGAGCACGAACACCACGCAGUCAACCCCAUGGAGGGAAUAUGACUCGCGCGGUCUCCAGGGCAUAAAGCCCCAUGUCUCUACUGAUAAUGAUAACACAGCAACGCGAUGGCAGCCUCACAUCUACCUGACUCAUACUAUGCGUCUAUCCUCUCCGAGUCUGCGCGCUCGCGGCGCGCCAACCCGAUCCGCAAGGUCUACCAUCUCGAAAAUGAGCCGGGCGUCAUCUCGCUGCUAGCGGGGAAACCAAACACGACGAUGUUUCCGUUCACUUCGAUCAAGUUUACCGUGUCGCCUACUACUUCUCCCGAUUAUCCUGAGAGGAUUCGGACCGGACAGCCCUUGAAAUCCGAGGGGGACCAGCGGACGGAGAUCGAGCUCACAGGUCAAGAUCUUGAGGAGGCGCUACAGUAUGGCCAGACGGAGGGGUCAGCGAGGCUGCUUGAUUGGCUGCAUGGCCUUCAGGAGCACCUUCAUGGGCGUUCGCGCGGAGAGGGCUGGCGUAUGAGUGUCGGAGUUGGUUCGCAAGACAUGCUAUACAAGGCAGGGACGGCGCUGUUGAAUCCCGGAGAUUAUGUCCUCAUACAGGCGCCCACAUAUGCCGGCGUGAUCGCGAUGUUCGAUUCACUAAAGUGUAAUCUCGUCGAUGUGCCAAAUGAUUCAUCAGGUACCCGCUCAUCAGAUCUCCGCAACAUUCUCUCGUCGUGGCCCGCAGACCGGCCUAAACCCAAGAUUUUCUACAAUGUUCCUUUCGGUUGCAACCCGACUGGCAUUACCACGACCGAGCAGCGAAAGAGAGAGAUCAUCGAGCUUUCAAGAGAGCACGACUUCAUCAUCUUUGAAGAUGACCCCUAUUUCAACCUUUACUUCGGAGAUGCUCCGCGCCCACCGUCAUUCUUCCAACUCGAGAAGUCUAUGCCCACAAAAGACGGUAGCCCGAACGUCGGCCGCGUACUCCGUUUUGAUAGCUUCUCGAAGCUCAUCUCGGCCGGCAUGCGAAUGGGCUGGGUAUCAGGACCAACGCCUAUUUUGAAUGCCAUAGACAUGCAUUCGGGUAUCUCUAGCGUACACUCUUCAUCGCUCUCCCAAGCAAUGCUCGUCGCCCUUUUCAACAGCUGGGGUCUUGAUGGCUUUGACGCUCACGUCCGCUCGGUUUCAACGUUUUAUAGAGCGAAGUGCGAGGUCUUCGCUGCUGCGAUGAAGCAGCACCUAGACGGCCUCGCAGAGUGGGACGUUCCCGAGGCGGGAAUGUUCUUCUGGUUCAAGCUUUUACUUCCUCCAGGCCCAGAUGGCGAGUCCGACUCGUCCGACUUGAUUCAGACGAAAGCCUUCAAAAACGGUGUCUUGGCCCUUCCGGGCAUUGGUUUUAUGCCAGACGGACGAAAGACUCCGUACGUACGUGCAGCUUUCAGUUUACUCGAUGAGUCCGACGUCAACGAGGCGCUUCGGAGGCUGCGGGAAACACUCUUGAAGGACCGGGAGGACCAUAGUGGGGAAACGAGCGCGAUUCCCGUGGCCGAAAGAAAAAUAUGGUAGCGAAAGUAUCAUAUCUUGGAUACGUCCUACUGUAACAGUAGAUAUGGUCAACGCUUCAACAGCGCGCUUAUAGUGAAAAUUCAUUGUUUCUAUUGGUC